CAGAAGCAAGCUACUCCAGAGCGCGCGCAUUCCAUGCAUCCCCAUCACACAUUCGCACCGUCGUCCAAGGUCCAACCCACCGGCGGCGAGAAUGCCAUCCACCAUGGUCGACACAGCCGCGGCGCCUCGGCUGAAACCGACUGGGCGCCGCCACCUCUCCGCCUCGACCACGCUGUCCAAUGCCACUGCCGGCUGUGUCGCCGCCGCGCUCUCCAAUGCCAAUGCCGGCUCUGUCACCACCGUGACCAAGCCAAAGGCCAAGACCGUCGCCUCCCGCUAUCUCGCUCCCUCCUCCAAACCCACCUCUGCCACUGCCACCUCUAGCUCCUCCCGCCGCUUGGCGUCACCGACCCCGAGGCGGCUCGCCUUCGCCGAGCAGUUGCGUCCAGCACUGCCCAAUGCCAUCACCACCGGCGCCACUGGGAGCGCCAUCGCAACAACAAGAACCCUCUCGGUCGCGUUCCAGAGCCCGACCUACUCCUUGGACACCAGCAAGGCGAGGUCCGUAUCGCCCGCUGAGGUGGCCGCGAUCACGCCGGAGAAGAGGAGGCCCGGUAUUGCAGCGACAGUUGCGCGAGGUGGUAAGAUGUCUGAUGGAGGCCAGAAAUCGCAACGGUGGCCAGCGUCGGCGACCGCGGCGCUGUGCGGGAACGGCGGUCGCGCGCUCGCCAAGGUCCUGGAGCACUCUGCUUCGAACAAUAAGGCGAACGCGGCCAUCUUUGCCGCCGCGCGGUCGACAGCGUUCGACGGGACGCCGCGGCGCGCUUCGGUGGACGGCGCGAACGAAUUCCUGCAGGUGCUUUCCUCCGACACGGACAGCGCGUCGUCUGGCGGGUCGCGGGACGGUGGCGCCGACAAGCUUGGCAUCGCAUCCGGAUCGCGCCCAUCUCCGAGGACCACCUUGAGCUCGUCCGCGCGGUUCUCGCGGGACGCCGUGGGCACCCGCUCCGACCGGUUCGCCUACCCGGCCACGCCGUUCUCGUCACGCACCUCUGCCGCCGCCUUGUCGUCUCCAGCAACGGCGCCGGUGAAGAAGCGGUCAUUGCUCAACAACUUGCUGUCUUCGCCAUUCAGCAGGUCGUAUCUUAAGCAGCCAUCGCCGAGCAAGCCGGUGGCCAGCUCGUUUGGGAGGACGACAAGCCCGUCGCGAGCGCAACGCUCCGUUGAGUUGCCCGGCUUUGCCGGGAAGCUGCAGGGAAAGGCUUCUUCUACCAAUUGCGGUUCGGACGGUGACAUCAAGUUGAAGCCCCCUGGGGUGACCAAGGCCGAUGACGAGCACCAGCUGAGACUACUCUACACCCGGCAUUUGCAGUGGCGGCACGCGAAUGCGAAGGCUGGAGCUGCGCUUUCUUCGCAGACCAUCGCUGCAGAGAAAUACUUGUGUGGCGCAUGGAUUUCUAUCCUGAGGAUGCGCAAAUCGGCCGCCAUUAGAAAGUUGCAGCUACAGUUACUUCGAAACAACUGCAAACUCAUGGCAAUUCUGCGGGGACAAAUGAAAUACCUAGAACAAUGGUCCUCAUUGGAGAGGGAUUAUGCUAUUUCUUUAUCAGGAACAACACAGGCUCUGAAUGCUACCAUUCUGUGCCUUCCUGUCUCUGAUGGAACAAUGGCAGAUAUUCAAGCUCUGAAAAAUGCUAUUGGUUCAGCAGUUGAUGUCAUGCAGUCAAUAGGAAACUCAACAAGCACUCAACUCUCUAAGUUGGCCCGGACAAAUGUCUUGGCGUGCCAGCUCUCCAGAGUUGCCAUUCAAGAACUCGUUCUGAUGGCGCAGUGCAGAGAGUUGCUGUCCACACUAGCAUCAUUGCACGUGAAGUACAGCAGCCUACAAGGGCAAAGGAUACAGCUGAACCAAAGAAGGCUAAGGUCUAGUCUUCAGACUAUUCUCUCCAGUCUCCAACCGAAGAAUUUAGCUGCAGUUGGUAAAAAUGACAGUUUGCUAGGUGCAUUAGAGUAG